AUGAGGACUUGGUUCGGCCGUGGCAAGAAACUGCAGCAUGCAGUAAUAUCGUGCUGUCUCUGCGCUUUUGUUCUUUAUGGCUAUGACCAAGGUGUCUUUGGGGGCAUUCUUGAGAACGAGGAUUGGCUGCGACAGUUUAAUGAUCCCGGUGAUACUUUGACUGGCUUCAUCACCUCAAGCUAUAAUCUGGGCUGUUUGCUGGGAUGCUUUAAGAAUUUCUUUGUUGGUGAGAAACUUGGUAGAAGAUGGACUAUUUGGGUGGCCAUGGGCUGGAUUCUCGUUGGAGCUGCGUUGCAAGCAACUGCUUUUACACGAGGACAUCUGAUUGUUGGGAGAAUCGUCACCGGUGUCGGCACUGGUCUCAAGACUUCUACAGUUCCCAUGUACCAAUCUGAACUUUGUGAGGGCACAAAGCGAGGCCGUCUCGUCUCGGCAGAAGUCAUGUUCGUCGGUAUCGGCAUCGCCUUCGCAUACUGGUGGGACUUUGCCUUCAGCUUCGUCGGCGGGCCAUUCGCAUGGCGCUGGCCGCUCGCCUUUCAAGCCGUUUUUGCAUUCUGGGUUAUCUUUGUGGUUUUUGGUGUACCCGAGUCGCCUCGUUGGUUGCUCAAUCAUGGAAAGAGACAAGAAGCCAUCGAAGUGCUAUCAGCGGUCUAUGAUAAGCCCACUGAUCAUCCUGACAUCCUGCGAGAGGUUGAGUCGAUCGAGGCGGCUUUGUCAAUCGAAGCUGAAGCGGAGGGAAGUACUUCUUGGGCUUCGACUUUUAGGAAGGAUAAAGUCAGCACGAGAUAUCGAGUCUUCCUUGCUUGGUUUGUGCAGUUUAUGAAUCAGGCUGGCGGUAUCAACCUGGUUGUUUACUACAUCUUAACUGUUCUGACUGUCAAUGUCGGACUUGAACACAGGCUCGCCCAAAUCAUCGCGGGGUGUAUCCAGCUCAUGUUUCCCAUCGGUUCUUUACUCCCUACUCUGGCUCUGGACAAGAUGGGUCGUCGAUCUACCAUGAUGUGGGGAUCUGCUGGACUAUCUUUCUCGAUGCUGAUGGUAGCCGCACUUCUAUCUCAGGCAGACGAUACGUCACGAGGUCGAGCAUUUGCUACCGGAUCAGUAGCGUUCUUCUUCACCUACAUGCUCGUCUUCGGUGCGAGUAUGAAUUGUGUUCCGUGGGUUUACGUCCCCGAAAUUCUCCCUCUUCACGCUCGAACCAAAGGAACUGCCAUUGGCGUCAGUUCGAACUGGCUCUGGAACUUCACAGUAGUCAUGAUCACUCCCAUCCUCAUCAAUCGUCUUCAGUGGAAGGCAUAUCUCAUCUUUAUGGCAACCAACCUCAUUUUCGUGCCGAUCAUCUUUUUCUUGUAUCCUGAGACUUCGAACUUAGCUCUUGAAGAGGUUGAUUACAUUUUUGCUCGUGGCGAGAAUAUUGUUCAAGUGGCUAGGGAGAUGCAGAAGGAACUUGCUCUUCAUGGACGUUUGGCGGAUGAUAGAUAUCCUGAGAAGGCGGCAAAGACGGAAAGCAAGUCGCAUGAGAGGGGUGAUGAAUUUGUUGAGCAUGUAAAUGCUUGA